GAUUAAGAUUAUUCGUUGAAACAUUAGUUAGUGGAAUGGCGUAUAAAAUUUAAAGCUUCUUUAUGCAAAACCAAACCCAAACCCCCAAAACAUUUAACACAUAUUCCUUCUUAUGAUUGCUUCUUGCAUCCAUACCCAUUUCUGUUCCUCUGUUCUUCGACUCUGUCUCUGCAACCUCACCGGAAAACCCACUUCAAAUCCCGUUUAAUUGGAGACAGAGAGACAGAGAUAUGGUCGGUCGGUUGUUGUUCUUCUUCUUUCUUGUCUUUUUGAUUUCUCCGGCGGUCGGGAAUGAUCAGUCGGGGUUUUUCUCUCUGAUGAAACAGACGGUGGUUGGGAAUUCUCUGCCGUCUGAUUGGGAUGGGAAAUCGUUCUGUAACUUCACCGGCGUGAGCUGUAAUGAAAUGGGGUUUGUGGUGGGGAUUGAUCUUUCAGGUCGGGUGGUUUCCGGGAGGUUUCCGGCGGAUGUUUGUUCUUAUUUGCCGGAAUUGAGAGUGCUCCGUCUUGGCCGGAGUGGGUUUCGUGGGACUUUUCCACAUGGGAUAAUGAAUUGCUCUGUUUUAGAAGAACUGGACAUGACUUUUCUGUAUCUAACAGGGACGCUACCGGAUUUCUCGCCGUUGAAAAAUUUAAGGAUUCUCGACUUGUCGUACAACAAUUUCACCGGCGACUUUCCGUUGUCGGUUUUCAAUUUGACAAAUCUCGAGAGGCUGAAUUUCAAUGAAGAUAGUAAUUUCAACACGUGGCAGUUGCCGGAGAGUAUCUCCGGCUUGACGAAGCUGAAAUCAAUGGUGUUGACGACAUGUAUGCUGGAAGGUCGGAUUCCGGCGACGAUUGGGAACAUGACAUCGCUCGUUGACCUCGAAUUAAGCGGCAAUUUCCUCGCCGGAAAAAUCCCGAGAGAAAUCGGAAAUCUGAAGAAUUUGAGAGACUUGGAGCUUUAUUACAACUUUUUAAUCGGCGAAAUUCCAGAGGAGCUUGGGAAUUUGACAGAACUCGUGGACUUGGACAUGUCGGUCAACAAGUUGACUGGGAAGCUUCCAGAGUCGAUUUGUCGUCUUCCUAAGCUGGAAGUUCUUCAGCUUUACAACAACAGCUUAACAGGGGAGAUUCCAAUUUCAAUUUCGAAUUCAACGACACUCACUAUGUUAUCCCUUUACGACAACUACAUGACAGGACAAGUUCCAAGUAAUUUGGGUCAAUUCUCGCCGAUGGUCGUUCUCGACUUGUCGGAAAAUGAUUUCUCCGGUCGGUUACCGACAGAUGUCUGUGGAGAAGGUAAAUUAAUGUAUUUUCUCGUGUUGCAAAACAAAUUCUCCGGUGAAAUCCCGCCGUCGUACGGUAAAUGCCAGUCACUUUUACGGUUUCGUGUCAGUUCCAAUUUAUUAACCGGUUCGGUGCCGGAGGGGCUUCUGGGUCUUCCUCAUGUUUCGAUUAUUGAUUUCGGUAACAAUAAUUUAACCGGCGAGAUUCCGAAUUCUUUUGUGAAAGCUAGAAAUCUCUCCGAGUUGUUCAUGCAGAGUAAUAAAAUUUCCGGCGUGUUGCCGCCGGAAAUUUCUGAAGCGACCAAUUUGGUUAAGAUUGAUCUCAGCUACAAUCUCUUGUCGGGCCCGAUUUCUUCCGAAAUUGGGAAUCUCCGGCGGCUUAAUUUGUUGCUUUUACAAGGAAAUCAGCUGAAUUCUUCAAUACCCACUUCACUUUCUCAGCUGAAAUCUCUGAAUGUUCUUGAUUUAUCCGACAAUCAUUUGACCGGAAACAUCCCGGAAAGCCUCUGCGAGUUGCUGCCGAAUUCAAUCAAUUUCUCAAACAAUCAACUCACCGGUCCGAUUCCUCUGUCUCUGAUCAAAGGCGGGCUCGCCGAAAGCUUCUCCGGCAACCCAGGACUCUGCGUUUCGGUUUAUUUAGAUUCCUCCGAUCACAAAUUCCCAAUUUGUCCACAAAACUACAACAAAAAGCGGCUGAAUUCCAUCUGGGCAAUCGGAAUAUCGGCGUUUAUAAUCUUCAUCGGCGCUGCUCUGUAUCUACGACGGCGAUUCAGCAGAGAAAAAUCAGUAAUGGAACAGGACGAAACACUGUCGUCAUCGUUUUUCUCAUACGACGUCAAAAGCUUCCACCGAAUUAGCUUCGACCCACGAGAGGUAAUCGAAUCAAUGGUCGAUAAGAACAUCGUCGGCCAUGGCGGCUCCGGCACGGUGUACAAAAUCGAAUUAAACAGCGGCGAAAUCGUCGCCGUUAAACGGCUGUGGAGUCGGAAGGGGAAGGAUACGACGUCGGAUCAAGAUCAAUUGUAUUUGGAUAAGGAAUUAAAAACAGAGGUGGAGACCUUGGGGAGUAUACGGCAUAAAAAUAUAGUUAAAUUAUAUUGCUAUUUCUCCAGCUUGGAUUGCAGCCUUUUGGUUUAUGAGUACAUGCCAAAUGGCAACCUAUGGGACGCCCUCCAUAAGGGUUGGGUUCAUUUGGAGUGGCCAACGCGGCACCAAAUUGCGCUUGGCAUAGCGCAGGGCUUGGCUUAUCUUCACCAUGACUUGUUGCCUUCUAUUAUCCACAGGGACAUUAAGACCACUAAUAUCUUACUCGACGUCAAUUAUCACCCAAAAGUUGCAGAUUUCGGCAUCGCUAAGGUUUUGCAAGCUCGAGCCGGAAAGGAUUCCACUACCACCGUCAUCGCCGGAACCUAUGGCUAUCUUGCCCCAGAGUACGCGUAUUCGUCAAAAACGACAACGAAGUGCGAUGUAUAUAGCUUUGGGAUUGUGUUAAUGGAGCUGAUAACUGGGAAGAAGCCGGUGGAGGCGGAGUUUGGAGAGAAUAAGAAUAUUAUAUACUGGGUGUCGAAUAAAGUAGACACGAAAGAAGGAGCUAUGGAAGUUUUAGACAAGAGAGUUUCUGCGUCGUUUAAAGAUGAAAUGAUUCAAGUUUUGAGGAUUGCAAUUCGUUGCACGUAUAAGAAUCCUGCCCUUCGACCUACCAUGAAGGAAGUGGCUCAGUUGUUGAUUGAAGCCGACCCUUGCAAAUUCGAUUCUCAAAAUAACAAAUGCUCGAAACACGCCACCGCCAAAAUCAAGAACAACCCAUUUGAGCUAUGACUUUGAACCAUCAAAAGUUGUAUCUAUCCAAUCAAGAACAACCCUAAUCUUCAGGUCAACGGGUGUAGCAUCUUCAUAUACAUACAUAUAUCUCUCUUGUAAAUAUUCUCUUUUAUAUUUCUUGGCAUCACUUUUCUCGAGCUUAUUUGAUAUGAUUAUUAGUGUU